GGAAGCCGAACAAGACGCUUAGAUGGCGGGCAAACGAUAUCCUAUGGAUAGAUCUUACGUCGUAAACAACUUGAAAAUACUCACACUUAUGGGUUUAUGGAAUCCGUACAGUGGUACAAAAAAGUGGUUGUAUCAUAUCUACACAAUACUUAUCCCAUUGCUACUGAUGCCGAUCCGAUCCGUGGGAUUCGUCAAAGAAGGUGUAAUAAUGCACCAUGAUUUCAUGCGAUCGACAUUAUCCCUAGUUGUUGGCUUGGCAUACGUUUACAGUUGGGUAAAAUGUGUAAAUUUCAUAUGGAAUCGUUCAAACAUCGAACUCCUCAUAGAUACGCUUAAUGAGGAGAGAAGACUACCAUGCUCAAAAGAGACCGGCAAGUUGCUCAGCAGAUAUGUAACUGUACUUUUGGUAGAGAUCAAAAAUUCUCGGGAAAUUGAUACGCUCCAAGCAUCUAAUACAUUCGACUUUGAGUGCGGUCCUAUAUAUUCACAAAAAUGGAAUGUGACUACCGUUGGAGAGCUUAUCUUUUGUGUUCGGCAUUAUCAGUAUAUCGUACGAAUGGUGAAAAUAACGAACAAAGUCUACGGACCUAUUCUAUUACCACAACUGAUGACAAGUUUGAUCACAAUAUCUUUCGCUGCAAUUCACAUAUUCGUGACGAAAACAGUCAACUUCGACGAACCUGGUGCCGCACUAUUCGCAAUUGCGGUUACGAUCAGCUGCCUAUUCCAAUUAUCGGCCUACUGUUGGGGAGGUGAUGGUAUAAUUAUUGAAAGUAAUCGCACGAGUACAGCGCUUUAUACAUGUAUCUGGUAUGAACAAGAUGCAAAAUUUCAAGCUAAUUUGAAAAUUUUCUUUGCAAUGUGUCGGAAUACGCUUAUUGUGAGUGCUUUUGGACUCUUUGAUCUUUCAUUGGUCACACUGAAAAAUAGUGCCUCAUAUAAAGAUGAAGAAACGAAUCAGUAUAAGUUUUUGAUCAUUAAAAAACAAAAGAAGAAGUCUGUGAAAGAGUCAGAAAAGUUUAUGAUGUGCAAGGUUUGCACCCAAGUACAGCCCACUCAUUAG